CAGCUGAAAGUAAAAUGGAACACAGAGUAACUCGGUGGUGGAGUGUUCGAUUGUCGUGCCGGGGGUUCAAUCCCAGCACCACAGAAUGAACAGAGGCGAAAACCCCGCUGUUGCCCAGCGGGGAAGCCCGUCCACUGUGUUCCCAGCCUCUUCCCAGAAACCCUUUCUCUUCUGUCCAGAACUGCACCUAGUCCAUAAUCCACUGUGGGUGCACUGCUGGCCUCCAAGCUGGGGUGGAAAUUCUAUGAUGCCGAUGAUUACCACUCCGAGGAGAAUCGAAUAAAGAUGGGGAACGGGGUGCCACUGAGUGACCAGGACAGGAUUCCAUGGCUUUGCACCUUGCACGACAUUUUACUAAGAGAUGUGGCUUUGGGACAGCCCGUCGUUCUAGCCUGUUCAGCUCUGAAGAAAAUGUACAGAGACAUCUUGAUCCGAGGAGGAAGCCAUGCGCCUCUGAAAAGCGGUGACUCAGCGAAGGCGGAACCACUGGCUGGCAGGAAGCUCCUGGUGGUCUACCUCUGCGGGUCAUUUGACAUCAUUUAUGAACGCUUGCUCCAAAGGAAAGGACAUUUUAUGCCUCCCGAGUUACUGCAGUCCCAGUUCAGUAUUCUGGAGCCCCCAUCAGCUCCCGAAAACUUCAUCCAACUCAGCGUGGACAAAGGUCUCCCCGAGAUCGCUGCUGCCGUUAUGCAAGCCCUCAAGUGAAGUAUUCGUUUCCAAGCUCCUCACCCAAUGGUGUCUUCUAAAUUCUUUGUUUUAGAGACAGUUUUCUUUGUGUAGACAAGGCUGGUCUGGAACUCAGAGAUCUACCUGCC